GUGAUAGUGGGACAUAGAAAUAUGAUAGAAUCGAAAGUAGGUAAGCCCUAAUACUGAAUACUGAAGUGUGGGUAAGGAUUGAGAUUCAACGGAAAAACCUAAUGUCUCGUCGAGACUCCGAUUCGAAGCGUCGCCAUUCGAAGUUCGAUCGAGAACCAAGUCCCAAGAGGUAUAGAAGGGAUGGGAAACAAGAAAGAGAAAGAGAGAGGGACAGAGUAACCACAAAUGGAGGAGGUGGAGACCAUAACCAUAUGGAUCGGGAUCAGAGAAACCUACCAGUGUCACAUCAUUCUAAGCAAGAACCUUCCGAUGCUGCUCACAAGAAAUCAAAUUCAAAUGAUCAUUAUGAGCCACCCAAACAUUCAUCUCAACAACCAAGAUCUCGCUCUUUCUAUCAGCAGGAUGAACAGGGUACUACUGGGCAAGUUGGUCGUAGCACUGGCCGAAGAGAAGCUAGUGGAAAAGCCUCUACUCAAAUUAAAGAGAAUAAUCAAAGGGUGGAAACAAGUCAAAGUGGAGAGCAAAGAGGUGAGAAUUCAGAGGCUAAACUGGAUGAUAAUUUCCAGAGAAGAGAUGGUUUUUCUGAAAGGAAAGAUGUUCCACCUUCCACUAUGAGGAAAAGGCCUGCAUUUAGGGAGAAGAAGAUACCCGCAGAUUCAGGAGAUGCUAAUCCCGCUGCGACUGUAUCAGUAAAGUCAAGCCACACUGACCACCCUCCAGAAAAGAAUGAAAGGAAGGAGGAAAGAAGCAGCAACCCUCGCCAUCUAGAUAGACCUGAGAAGCAAAAUGCGGAUAACAGAGUACCCAACAAGAGUGAAGCUAGGAGGGAUGGCUUUUCAUCUAGAGUAAGGUACGGGAACGGUGGAGGCAAUAGCAAUUACAGGGGAAGAGAUAACUUUAAUGGAAGACAAGGUUAUAAUCCUGUUAAGACUCAAACGGAGAAGUGGAAACAUGAUUUGUAUCAAGAGGUUAACAAAGAUCCUACUCCAAAGAGCGAGGAUGACCAGAUUGCAAAGCUGGAAGCACUAUUAGCUUCAUAA